AUGAAAGCAACUUUGCAUACGAAAACAGCAGAUUUACCGAGUGCAUCAGCAGAUGAUGCAGAUUUUUCUUGGGAUGAUGAUAACGAGGAUGAUGAUGAUGAGGAUGAUGAUAAUGAGGAUGAUGAGGAUGAUUAUUAUGAUGAAGAGAAAAGAAGCAAAGUCCAAAAAAUGUUGAAUAAUAAAAACAAUUCAAAUUAUGAUCAAACUGUUCCUCCAAUCUCUAAAAAUUUAACAAAGGAAAAAUCUAAAGAUAAGGUGAUUAGUGGAAAAAAUCUAAUACCACUUUCAAUUAAGAGAAAAAGAGACUUCGAAAAUAAGUCUGAAAACUCGCAUAAUGGGCAAGAAAUUCAUGCGUCAUCAUCAAAGGAAACCAAAAGUAAAUACUAA